AUGGCGCUGGGCAAGGCCAGCAGGUCCAAGCGAGCCCGGGGCUGCGGUAGCCUGAGGCCGGGAGGCAGAGGUGGCGCUGGGCCGGCGCUGCGAGCGCGGCAGAGCACGGCAGGGGCCGCGGGCCUGAGGAGGGUCGGACGCCUCCGUGGCCUCGGGCAGGAGCGCGAAGCGGCCUGGGCUGUGUCUGGCGAGGGCACGGCCGAGCUGCGGGCAGAGCAGGGCUCCCGAAGGGCAUCGGCGCUGGCUGAGGCCUCCUCGCGGCGCUGCCCCGGAGCCUCUCCGGAGACGGCUGACGGCGGAGGUGAACCAAGGAAAUUUGACCCGAAGUUCAGAGGACCUAUUCAUAACAGGCACUGCACAGACAUUAUUUGCUGUGUGAUCUUCAUAGUUGUCAUUCUGGGUUACAUUGCAUUAGGAGUUGUGGCUUGGGUGCAUGGGGACCCCAGGAAAGUGAUUUAUCCAACUGACAGCUAUGGACAGUUCUGUGGUCAGAGAGAUACCCUCAAUGAGAACAAAACCAUUUUGUUUUACUUCAAUAUUCUGAAAUGUGCCAGCCCCGUAGUGUUAAUAAACCUACAGUGCCCUACAACACAGCUUUGUGUCUCAAAGUGCCCAGACAGGUUUGCAACCUACAUUGAUGUUCAGGCUUCCUACAGAUACAGACCAGAUCAGUGGAAUUACUUCAGGCAGUUCUGCAAACCUGGUUUUAACAAUCCUCGCAAGUCUGUUGCUCAAGUCCUACGUGAUGAAGAUUGUCCUUCGAUGAUCAUUCCAAGCAGGCCUUUUCUGAAGAGAUGCUUCCCAGAUUUCUCCACGAAGAAUGGUGUGUUGACCGUGGCAAAUCAGACUACAUUCAAAGAUGGAAGAGGGAAAACAAGAAAUGUAACUGAUCUCAGGGAAGCUGCAAAUGGCAUCAAUAAUGUCCUGGAUGCAAGAUCAGUUGGAAUGAAAAUUUUUGAAGACUAUGCCAUUUCUUGGUAUUGGAUUUUAAUUGGGCUGUUCAUUGCAAUGAUGCUGAGUCUGCUCUUCCUUGUGUUGUUGAGGUUCACAGCUGGGGUUCUCUUCUGGAUUUUCAUCUUUGGUGUGAUUGGUAUUAUAGGUUAUGGCAUCUGGCAUUGUUACUGGGAGUAUGAUCAUCUUAAAGGAAUACCUGGAUCUGACCUCACUGUUUAUGAUAUUGGAUUCCAGACAGACUUCAAAGUGUACCUGCAACUGAGGCAAACAUGGUUAGCCUUUAUGAUAAUACUUUGUGGUGUUGAGGUCAUUAUCAUACUGAUGCUGAUCUUCCUAAGAAAUAGGAUCCGGAUUGCUAUUGCACUGUUGAAGGAAGGUAGUAGGGCAAUUGGCUAUAUAAUGUCUACACUGUUCUACCCAAUCGUCACCUUCUUACUCAUUGCAAUUUGUAUUUCCUACUGGGCUGUGACAGCUGUUUUUCUGGCCACAUCAGGAGAACCUGUGUACAAAGUAAUGGCUAAUCAAACACUGUGCAAGUAUGCAAACCUGACUUGUGACCCAGAGACUUUUAACACAACCAAUGUGACUAAAUUGUGCCCAGGUGCUCAGUGUACUUUCGCUUUUUAUGGAGGAGAAGGCCUGUACCAUAAGUACAUCUUCAUCUUCCAGUUAGCCAAUGCCUUUGUCUUUCUCUGGCUGGUGAACUUUGCAAUUGCACUGGGUCAGUGUACCCUUGCUGGUGCCUUUGCCUCUUAUUACUGGGCCUACCGAAAGCCAGCUGAUAUUCCACUGUGGCCACUCUUCUCUUCAUUUGGACGAGCAAUACGAUACCAUACAGGUUCACUGGCAUUUGGAGCCUUAAUUCUUGCGAUUGUCCAACUUAUUAGAGUAAUACUGGAGUACCUGGAUCACAAACUGAAAGGUACUCAGAACUCCUUCACUAGAUUCCUACUCUGCUGCCUCAAGUGCUGUUUCUGGUGUUUGGAAAAAUUCUUAAAAUUUAUAAACAGAAAUGCCUACAUCAUGAUUGCCAUAUAUGGUAAAAACUUCUGCACCUCAGCAAAGGAAGCAUUCUUUUUGCUCAUGCGGAAUGUGGUGAGGGUUGCAGUUCUGGACAAAGUUACAGACUUCCUUCUAUUUCUGGGGAAAAUCCUUGUUGCUGGUGGUGUGGGUGUUCUUGCAUUCUUUUUCUUCACACAGAGAAUACCAGUCUUUGCACAGGAAGUGCCAAUGCUAAAUUACUACUGGGUACCAUUGUUGACAGUCAUCAUUGGCUCCUACCUAGUUGCACACGGGUUCUUCAGCGUCUAUGCAAUGUGUGUCGACACACUUUUCCUCUGCUUUUGUGAAGACCUGGAAAGGAAUGAUGGAUCUACAGCAAAACCCUACUUCAUGUCAGCUAGCCUCCACCGAAUUCUAGGAAAGAAGAAGCUAAGCCCUAAGAAGGCAGUGGGAUAAUGAACACUAAACCUCAACAUCAAAAAGUGUCACUUUUAAGCAAAACAUGUAUAAAGUAGGCAAAAGUAAAAACUGUAAAUGAUG